AUGGACAAGUCAAGUAGUUCGUCAUCUGUGGAGCAACGUCCUUUCAUGCUGAAAAAGUGGAAUGCAAUUGCUGUGUGGUCGUGGGAUGUUGAGAGUGACACGUGUGCAAUUUGCCGAGUUCAACUUAUGGAUGCAUGUUUGCGAUGUCAAACAGAAAAUAAACAGGAUGAAUGUGUUGUGGUAUGGGGCGAUUGCAAUCAUUCGUUCCAUAAUUGCUGUAUGGCCUUAUGGGUGAAACAAAAUAAUCGCUGUCCCUUAUGUCAACAGGAUUGGCAAGUACAGAGAACAGGUCAUUGA